CAUCCCCCAGAAAAACGUUCUACCAGUGCAUUUCGAAGAGCGGACAUGGUAUAAAGUUGUCUGCCUACGCCACGUGCCUGGGAAACGGCUUGUUGGUGGCCUCGCUUGGUUUCUGCCUUCGGUAUCGGCUCGAAGUGCUUGGCAUCUUAUGGAACCAGCAGCUGGACCAGGGACACCAGCAAUACUUGGCUGGACUGGGUGCCACAGCCGUGGUGCUGGGUUUUACUAGUGCCCUGGUCGCCGUUGUUGGUAUCACGAUAUCGCUGCUGGACAGGAGUACCCACAUAACGUUGGACGUCAUCUCCGGAGUCCUAAUCCUGGCUGAGUUCGGAGUUGCAUCGGCAAGCUUCAUGCUCAUGACGUGGGUUCACACUGACAUUGCACCCGAAGAGGGAGACUGCGAGGAAAGCCCGAGGAACAUUGCCAUCGUCACUUGCAAACUGCUUCCUGCGAUGGGCGUCCUGUUCUUGGCAUCUGCUGUGGCCCAGACCGUCACCAUCCUGAUUAACCGUCUAGAACAGUCGCAAGGCCAAAUGUAUACCAGUCAUGGAGGAAGCAGCAAUCUUCAGAAGGAAGAAAUGAUCUCAAUGAACAAUGUUACCGGGUCCUCGGCUGUGGAUGAAAGUAAUUCCUUGAGCGGCCAUCUCAGCUGUUCAAGCACGCCGCUUGAUCAGUCUCCGUCGAGAUCCAAACGGGUGUACACCAUUUCGUACGCGACGCAACAGAAGUCCCAUGUCGAGGCGGCUGUAUCAUCACCGGCAACCGCCCAUUCAACUUCUCAAGUAGCCAGCACCGAAAACGCACGAGACGCGUCCAGCCAGGCUUCCGUGACUGCGACCUUCCAGCAGGAAUUCUCGGGCCCAGGGCCAGGAGCGGUGCGCCCGGCGUUCAGCGGCUGCUACGACAACGAAGAGUACUCCUCGAGUCAUCAUUUUGACAGCUUUGGCAGCGACUGCUUCAUUCCGUCAGCUCCGCCAGCCCAGUAGAAAUGUCUAUUAACUUGCACACUUAGCUAGCAUGCUUCGAUAGAGUAAGCCGCCGCAAAACGAAUUCCACGUCAUUGCUUCAACCGUUAGAGCGGUUCUGCUCGCAGCGAAGUUGUUCAUUGGCUUCUAUUCGUGAAAAAUUUUGAAAUGACUGGCCAGUGUCGCAAUAAAGACCUCUGGAACAC